CUCGAUAUAAAAGAUACCCUUGGUAGAAAAAAUAAGAAUAAGCCAAAUACUAGAAUUUCUGGCAUUCUGUCCUGACAAAGCAAAUACGAAAAUGUUAAAAANGCAAGAGAGUCCGUCUGUUUGACCAGUGAGGUGGAUGGAGUUCGUCUUUUUGUAAACCGUGUUUUAUUUUGCUGUGUCGUGUGUGUGUGUUUUUCUUUAAAGCACCGAAGAUCUGAACAGCAAGAGAGAAGAAACAGCAAAUGUCGCAGAAUGAGAUCUCAACCACCACCCAAUCCACAGCCAAUCAUAGAUCAAAUCCAUGCUGUUUCUGCUGGUGCUGUUGCUGCGGCUGCUGGAAAGGAAACAAUGAUCGGAUCCGAAGAGCAUCCUACGAUACCAAAUUGGAAACGAUACAGAACUGUGAAGCGAGUGGAAAGCCAACAACAGAGGAAGUACACGCAUGGGGACACUCGUUUGACAAGCUAAUGAAAACUCCUGCUGGCAGAAAUGUCUUCAGAGAAUUCUUACGAACUGAAUAUAGUGAAGAGAAUAUGCUCUUUUGGCUGGCAUGCGAGGAUCUCAAAAACGAAGUCAUCAAAAAAGUCAUUGAGGAGAAAGUCAGAAUGAUAUAUGAGGACUAUAUUUCGAUACUUUCCCCUAAAGAGGUUAGCCUUGACUCCCGGGUUCGCGAGGUCAUCAACAAAAAGAUAUCAGAUCCGUCACCCCACACAUUUGACGAUGCACAGCUUCAGAUUUAUACCUUAAUGCACAGAGACUCUUAUCCAAGGUUCCUGAACUCUUCUAUAUACAAGUCAUUGAAUCAGAGCACAUCGAUCACUUCUUCAGAAUCAUAGAUAUUUAACGAUACGUUACGGGGGGAAAAAAAUAAUCGAAUUUUUGUACACAAACAUCGAACUGUCCAUCUAUUGGUAGACAAACUGAAGGUACAGGGUCAGCACAAAGAAAGAAAAAUUAAACUCAGGUUUGUUUUGCUACUGAUUUCCUGUUGCCUAAUAAAACGUGAGAGGCACUAAUUUACAUUGAUAUUAGAAGCUUCAGAUUAACCUCUGCACCACUUGACUCCCAAACAAUGGCUUAGAUAAUGAUAGUGAUUUUACAGUCCAUUUGUUUUUACAAAUGCAUUAGAAACAUAACUCGGUGCGAAGGGACACAGGCUUGGAUCAGACUUACAGAAGCCAGUCAUCGCCAAAUACACACACAGUCAAGUCAAUACCCCUGAUUAACGUGUUUGGCUACAUAUGAGCAGUCUCAUAAA